UGCACUUUCCUAGACGCAUGCGCUGAGCCGAAUCUUGUCCAAGCGAUGGAGGUGCGGAAACGUUGAUUUUUGGCUGAUCGGUGUGUGGUUGCAUGGCAUGCUUAAGACAGCAAUUCUCCAACUGGCUCCUGUAAGGUAAGAGCAGGAUGUGGCUUGACGCGGCCUCGUAUGUUCUGAAUGCUCGUAUGCCCGAAGUACAAAGCGACCUCACUUGAAGAGUACUUCCAUAUUGCUCGGAAUAGGAGUAUUGCUGCACGGAGAUCAUACCUGAAAGACACUAGACAAUCUUGCUCUAUCUUGAGUAAAAUGCGCCUCUCAAAAUUCUUGCGCUCUACCUACGUAUUCAAGAUAAAAAAUCAGCCAGGCCACCAGCAAAUCGAUUCCGAAUAUCUCGUAUGCAUAGUAGUUUUCACUUGCCGUCAAGGACUAACACGAAGUAGAGCACCGGUUCCUCGAUUCCUGAUGUUGUCGAGUACAUAUCCAUCCACAGAUAAGAGCAUGAGUCCAUACUCGUUCCCGUUUUUCUGCACCAGCCUCCAAUUCCUAUUGUACGACUCAGUCAAUCCUGGAUACCACGCAGGGCCUUGCAUAUAUCGUGAUAAGACUGAUAUCACUGCUUAUCGUGCCAAUAUUUCCUUUUCCCCGAAGCAUGUUGUCAUCGUGUUCUCGUACAUUCCACCAACAUCGUUGCCCUCCAAAACACACAUUCCAUGGCAAGACCAGACAGCGGUCAUUCAAGCAUUUACCCGUCCUUAUUCCCGCUGCUGUUCUAUCUAUUACUCUGGAUUCCGAUUCCCCGACUGAUACGCGUCCGCGGAUAUAAGAACAGUACCCCGCCAAGACUCAUCACACAGACGUGAUAUCGACGUAGCACAACUUGGCGCACAUGUGAAAAUGGUUGAUUGAGCCGCAAAAUCCAGGAAACACACGCGCGAUACACGGAUCGACUCAGUAAAACCCAGUACCUUGUUGCCUAUUGUCACUUCGCCGAGCCGCAUUCAAUUCGGCGACCACAUUCACUCGCAAU